UGGAAAAUGUGGUGGCUCCUGUCUUAUUCAUCACUCUUUCAAGUUCUUCUUCAUUUCCGUUAUCACCAUUGUCGAUGACAUUUUGUAUAAUGGCUGGACAAGAUGUUGUUAUUGUUUCUGCAGUUAGAACACCAAUUGGUGCCUUUUGUAAGUCGUUGUCAUCACUAAAAUCUUCAGACUUGGGUAGUAUUGUGAUAAAAGAAUGCUUAGAAAGAGCAAACUUAAAGCCAUCAGAUGUAUCUGAAGUCAUCAUGGGUCAGGCACUGACAGCAAAUCAGGGUCAAAAUCCAGCUCGUCAAGCAGCAAUUAAAGCUGGGCUUCCAAUAACAGUACCAGCAUAUUUAGUCAACAUGCUUUGUGGCUCUGGAUUAAAAUCAAUAACAAAUGCUUAUAUGGCAAUAAAAAGUGGAGAAAGUGAUAUUAUUGUUGCUGGUGGUCAAGAAAGUAUGAGUCAAUGUCCCCAUGCAAUGUUGAUUCGUGAUGGUGUUAAAUUGGGUGAUGGGAAAAUGAUUGACACAAUGAUUUAUGAUGGUUUAACUGAUGCAUUUACAGGAGUUCACAUGGGAAUAACAGCUGAAAAUAUUGCAAAAGAAUAUUCAAUAACAAGAGAAGAACAAGAUCAAUAUGCUGCAUUAUCACAACAAAAAGCUGAAGCAGCAGUGACUGCUGGUUUUUUUAAAAAUGAAAUUGUACCAGUUGAAAUUAAAAGCAAAAAAGAAACAAUUACAAUUGCAACUGAUGAAUAUCCAAAAUUUGGUACAACUGUGCAAGGUCUUGGAAAACUUAGACCAGUUUUUUUGAAUGAUGGAACAGUUACUGCUGGUAAUGCAUCUGGUAUUAAUGAUGGUGCUGCAGCUGUUGUAUUGAUGUCAUCUGAUAAAGCCAAAGAAAAAGGAAUUCCAGUAUUAGCUAAAAUAAUUGCAAUUGCACAAGCUGGUGUUGAGCCAAAAAUCAUGGGAACUGGACCAAUACCAGCAGUUGAAUUAGUGCUGAAAAAAGCAAAAUGGACAAAAGAUGAAGUUGAUCUUUAUGAACUUAAUGAGGCAUUUGCUGCACAGUCAAUUGCUUGUUUAAAAGAAUUGGGUCUUGACGCUGAUAAAGUUAAUGUUAAUGGUGGUGCAAUUGCACUUGGACAUCCAAUUGGUGCAUCUGGAAGUCGUGUGUUGGUUACAUUGAUUCAUUUACUUGAACGUACAGGUGGACAAAAAGGUGUUGCAUCAUUGUGCAUUGGUGGAGGAAUGGGAAUUGCAAUUGCAAUUGAACGUCAAUAAUAUUUUUACUGAUUGAUGUAUUUAAAUUUUUCUAUAAAUAAUUCAUUUUUAAUAUCAAGAUAAAAAUGACAGU